GACGUAGACGAGUGCUCCGGUGACGACAGUGUUUGUGACCACGUGUGUAGGAACACUAAUGGCGGAUUCACGUGCUCCUGUUUCGAAGGUUAUAAACUACAGCCAGACUCUACAUCAUGUCAGGCGUGUGACCCCAUACACUACGGACACAACUGUGACAGCGUCUGCGCGUGUGACAACCUCGACCACUGCGACACGAUCCGCGGCUGUGUCUGUCUCGACGGCUGGUCCGGCGUCAACUGCAUCGACGACGUGAACGAGUGCUCCGACCCACGACAACGUCCGUGCUCUCAACAACAUGAAGACUGCCACAACACGAUCGGUUCCUAUUUGUGUCAGUGUGCAGGUCGGCUACCAAAGGGUUAACGAAACCUGUACAAAUAUCAACGAAUGUUUGACGUCAUCAAACAACUGCUCCAACAACACCGAGUGCAUAGACACCGAUGGUGGUUUUCUGUGUCGUUGUCGUCGUGGUUACACUGAACAUGACUCAGUCUGUGAAGACAUCGACGAGUGCAUGCUGGGUAUUCACGGGUGUCAACAGAACUGUAUGAACUUCGACGGUGGUUACAGCUGCGACUGUGACGUCGGCUUCAAGCUGAAACACGACAGGAAGACCUGCGAGAGAGUUCCAGAAGAUGACCCGUGCGUGGGGUCUAACACCACGUGCAGUGACCCCGCCUACUGCACAGCCGUGGGAGGUCAGCCGACUUGUAAAUGCCCUUCAGGGUAUCGCCUCAAUCCAAACCAAACCAGUUGCUAUGAUGUUGACGAAUGUUCCGAGAAAACACACUCUUGUGACGUCACACAACUCUGUUCUAACACCCAAGGGUCCUACGUUUGUUCUUGUCGCACGGGCUGGGUUCGCGAUAAUCACACCUGCACCAAACAGGCAACGGCAGAAACCACCACAACUCGAGUAACAGAACCAGCAGUAUCGAUUGAGAUUUCACUGAACGUGGACUACAAGGCAGAUUUCUCUGACCCAGACUCCAGUGCUUACCAGGAGUUUGUCCAGCAGUUCCAGCGAGCGAUGGAGGCUAAACUGCAAGUGCUAUUGACACAUUUCAUACGCCUGGUUGUUACCAAAAUAUCGAGAGGUAGCACAGUGGUUGAUUUCGACGUAUAUAGUGACGGGUCGGCCAGUGUGACGUCACGGGAGCGGCAAGUAGCCCUGGCGCUGUCGUCUAUCUAUUCCACGGGGUCCUUGUUGCUAGGCAACGAAACUGUGAACAUCACAAAACAACCCACCAUAAUAUCGGACGGAAAGACUGAAAACGUUGUGUGUCUAUUGUGCGACAUAGAUGAAGAAUGUAUAGAAACGGACAAGAAUAAUUUCCAAUGCAGACAAAAGAAAUCAGAUACGAAUCUUCUAAUGGGGCUGACUAUAGGAAUUCCAGUGUCCAUCGCGGUGGCCGCCAUUGUAGCCAUGUUGAUCGUCUGCUGGGGGAAGAAGAAGACACACCGGAAACACCCGCUGACAGACGACGAUCACAGCAGAGACCCAACGCACGUUCGUCAAACCUUUGGCAGCAUCAGCUCGGCAUUUUCCGGAGGAAGUUACGAAAACAGCUUGGAUAAACGACUCGGCUCCUACAACAGGGAGACGUUCGGCGAGCUCAACGUAUUUCCCCGAGUACAGCUGGUGGAACCAGCGGGGAAAAUAUCCCAAUACGACAAUACAGUGCCGGUGACGUGGGGAAGCUCCCUGUGGCAGAAUGGAUCUCAACAGGCAGGGAGCGAGGUGAAAGGCAGCCGUGGACAGUUCUCCUUGGAUUUCGUAGCUAACAAUCUGGAUUCAGAUAGAGAGUUCAAAAUACAAAGACCUCGAUUACUUAGCCAACCAAACAUCGUCUUCCAGACCUCCAAAUCACCAGACGACUUCUUUGUGUGAAUUCUACCAAAGAAAUCAGAGACCCCGAGAACGUGUCGUUUGUCUUGCACCGACAUUUAGUGUAUUUGGUGUACAGAACAGGAAGUGAGAUCGUAUGGUGGUGUGGGUUUUUGUUUUGUUUGUCCUAUGAGAGAUGGAUAUGCCUUAUGGGAGAUAACUCUGUUACUAACUGUUAUAAAUUUUAUAUUAAUAUGAUUUUGUAUUCCUUUCUUUUUUUCUUAUCUCCUUAACACCCAGAAACCGGUGUGUUGAUUUAUUAGGCAAUCCAUUUAUUCAUUCAUCCAUCCAUCCAUUCACCCAUUACUUUGUUAUUCAUGUUUUAUCUCGGUGACUGAGACAUUAUAUUUUCACUGUUUUUACAUUGAAAUACGUGCAUUGAAUAACGUUUUUAAGCAAGGAUAAUCACAAUCAUAAUACAGGGGUCGAAAUUGACCAGAUAUUAGGUCCAGCAAGCUACAAAUUUUGCCGGUUCAAAUCAAAACCUGCCAGACCAAAACCUGAUUGACUAAAACUAACAUGUUAAUAUAAACGUAAAGUAAUUGCCCGUGCAAGAGGUGAGUUUCGAGGGUCGAUUAACCUCUCUGCUCCAGCAUAUUUUCUUUCGUUUUUUCUUUACAUUUUUCCGGGAGCAUGUCUACUACAAUUUCUGCACACGCAUUUACCGUGGUGAUGUUGUCCGGCAAAACCCCCACACAAAACCUUUGGGAUGUCAGUAUUUUGAGCCCUAAUUCAAUAAUAUUAUAAAUCAUGGUGGUACUAGACACACCAAGGUCACUAGAAUCACUUCAGAUGUUGGGAACUGGAUUAUCUGAGCAAUAAAAUGCAAGUAACAGGGGUGUGGAAUUGGUGGACUGUAAAAAAGAGGAAAUCUAGAGGGGUCCCGGAAAUUCUUGAAAUCCUAGAUUAAAAUCUGUGCCAUCUGACACAAUUUGGAGGAAAGGACGAUUAAAAUGCGAGGAAACGCAAUGUUCCAUGAGAGGAAAACAGCUGAUCCGAGGAGAAUUCCUACCCCUGAAGUAAUGUCUAUUUUCACUUCUUCUUUUUUUAACCCAGCUCUAAUAUUUUUCGUGUUUAUGUCCAUUUAAGGUUCAAGCAUGCUGUCCUGGGCACACACCUCAGGGUUUUUUUUUAGCUGUCUGUCCAAGACAGUGGGUUAGUUGUUAGUGGUUAGUGAGAAAGAAGACAGUGUAGUGGUCUAACACUUACCCAUUGCGUCCCUUAAAACUGGCUUUGGGUGGAAGCCGGUACCGGGCUGCGAACGCUGUACCUACCAGCCUUAUGUCCAUUGGCUUAACCACGACACAACGCUUUACAGUGUGCUAGCAGAGACCUACUUCUCUAGUAUAAAUUGAUUAUGGGUUCGCUGUGGCGUGCAAUACCAAUGAAUCGAUUAUUUGGAGAGACCCUGAGAAUAACUCAGUUAUAAGAUCGAUUACCGUGACACGUGAGAAAUCGUGCAUCAGAUGAUUUACUAUUACAGGAACAUUUAGUGAAAUAUCUGAAGAUAGCUGUGAAGAAACAGUGUUAUCAUCCAUUAGUGAAGGCUUCUUUCUCACUCUUUAAACAAAAAAGUAAAGUUUGUUUUAUUUAACGACGCCACUAGAGCACAUUGAUUUUUUUUUUAUCUUAUCGGCUAUUGGACGUCAAACAUAUGGUCAUUCUGACACUGUUUUUUAGAGGAAACCCGCUGUCGCCACAUAGGCUACUCUUUUACAACAGGCAGCAAGGGAUCUUUUAUUUGCGCUUCCUUCAGGCAGGAUAGCACAAACCAUGACCUUUGUUGAACCAGUUGUGGAUUACUGGUAGGUGUGUCAGGAAUAGCGUGCUCGAACCGUGGCUGGAUAUAACAAAAAAACAUCUAGUGAUAGUUGAUGCAUUUAAUUAAUGAUUAUCUCUAAUAGUUCAUACUCCUUUUAAAUUCACUGAAUGUUAUUCCCUGUAUAUUAUUUCCUGAAUGUUUUUCCCUGUAUAUUACCUGUAUGCUAUUACCCGUGUGUUAUUGCUUGUAUGUUAUUCCCUGUAUAUAGAUCAUCUUGUAAUAUGGUUAUAUCGCACUAAUAUAUAUAUAUAAUAUAAUAUAUAAUGUUAACACUUGUCAGAUGUCGUGCCAUUUUAAAUAUAUUCAUACAUUU